CCUAUCAGCUAUAUUCCAACAUAAAAACAAGAUAAACCCGAAAAAAAAUUUUUGGAAAAUUUUUUUUUGAAAUUAUUUUUUUGUGAAAAAUGAAAAGUUAAAAAAAUGGGCGGAGCCUCAUCAAUUGACUCGAGACGUGGCGACAGGCCAGGUCGUAAAUCUACUAUGUUACAGGACCAAUAUGAGCAAAGUCUCUAUCAGAUUAUAUUCGACCGAGCCGUGCACAACGCCUACUCAGAGCCACCAAAACUAUUCACCAACUCCAUAUUCGACACCCUCUUCCACCGCCUGUACUGGUCGAUACGGGCGCUGCAAUUCAAGAUUUUCUACAAAAAUGAAGAUAUGGAUCUAGACGAGGUGGUGGACAAAUGGGAGAUCGGAGUUCAACCACCGUCGUUGGAGCAGUUGACGCAGAGGACACAGUUCAGUCCGAAAUGGAUAAAGUAUAUGUAUGCGAAAUUCAAAAAUGAAUCACCUACCGGUAAAAUGAAAGAAGAAGAAUUCCGAAACCUGCUCGCCUCAAUAAUUGCACCGGAAAAAGCCACGGAUCAGUAUAUUUCAAGGCUUUUUACGGCGUUCGCCGGGGUCGACAAGAAGACUAUCACUUUUGAGAACCUUCUAGACAGCCUUUCCCAUGUACAGCCUCAGACCGCCGAGACUAAUGCCAAAUGGACAAUGAGAUUGAUAACUGGGGGUGGAGAAGGCGAUUGUUUUGGAUAUUCAGCUUUUUUGGACUUUACCCAGUCAGUAUUCCAGUUGAAUGAAGGAAAAAGCGGAGGUGAAGAAAUCAAUAAGGAGUCCGUCCAGCAAAGAGCCACAAAAAUAUUCGCCGAACUGGAUUGUGAUAGGGAUGGAUUAGUGACCUAUGACGAUAUGAUCCGGUUCUUUCAGAAAAACAACGAUUCAAGCAUCGGCUUCACUCCGGUCUCCCCAGCUCCGAAUGGAUUUGCCAACUGUGCCAAGCCUCUUUAAUCGAAAAAGUGAUUUAACCCUUGAUAUAACAUUCCUUUAUCUGUAGAUCUCAUGUUCAACUUUAUUUGUGUGGUUUUUUUUCCAUGCCAAAAUUAAGAUUUUUCAAAAUUAAAUAAAAAUUGGUAUAUUUUAAA